GAAUAAAAUAACGUAACACGGGUGAUCGCCGGAAUAAUUUUUUCGCUGUUAUUUGAAUUUUUCUGAUCGGAUUUUCCAAAAUGAUGCAACUUCGUACCAUUGCUAGUUUAUCGCGCAACAGUUUCCGCAGGAUCUCUACCGCAAUCAACGUACGAAAUGCAGAAGCCGCAUUGGCAUCCGUCGCUGACAAACUAACCAUCCCGGUACCUGAAGGUGCUGACAAACCUGUAAAUCCUAAACUGAUUUCCAUCGUGGACAGCAUCGCUACUCUGAAUUUGCUGGAGGUCUCCGAACUAAGUGGACUGCUAAAAAAGAAGCUUAACCUUCCUGAUGCUGCCAUGAUGCCUGCUGGAUUCGGCGCCGGUUUUGCGGCUCCUGCAGCUGCUCCAGCUGACGAGGAGGAAGCGGCUCCCAAAGUGGUGAAGACCACCUUCAAAGUUAAACUGGUGAAAUUCGACGAUAAACAAAAGGUUGCACUUAUCAAAGAAGUCAAGAACCUGCUGGAAGGCAUGAAUCUGGUACAGGCGAAAAAGUUCGUAGAAAGCGCACCGACGAUGGUUAAGGAAGAUAUUCCUAAGGAGGAAGCCGAGAAGCUGAAGGAAGCGUUCACCAAAGUUGGGGCCGUUAUUGAGAUAGAGUAAAAUGUUCUGGGUGGAUUUAUGUUUUAAGAAAGUAGUUCAAUAAAUUUAAAAAAAAAGAUUGUUGCUU